AUGGGAGACUGGGGAUUUCUGUCAUCUUUGCUGGACAAGGUCCAGUCCCACUCCACAGUCAUCGGGAAGAUCUGGAUGAGCGUCCUGUUCCUGUUCCGGAUCAUGGUUUUGGGAGCGGGUGCCGAGAGCGUCUGGGGCGACGAGCAGUCGGGUUUCAUCUGUAACACUCAGCAACCUGGUUGUGAGAACGUCUGCUACGACUGGACCUUCCCCAUCUCGCACAUUCGCUUCUGGGUCCUCCAGAUCAUCUUCGUCUCCACGCCGACGCUGGUCUACCUGGGCCACGCCAUGCACGUCAUCCACAAGGAGAACAAACUGAGGGAGCAGAACCAGAGAGCGAAGCAGAUGAUCAAAGUGCCCAAAUACACGGACGAUAAGGGAAAGGUGAAGAUCAAGGGGAACUUGCUGGGGAGCUACCUGACCCAGCUCGUCUUCAAGAUCAUCAUCGAGGCUGCCUUCAUCGUGGGCCAGUACUACCUGUACGGCUUCAUCAUGGUCCCCAUGUUCCCCUGCUCGAGGAAGCCCUGUCCCUUCACCGUCGAGUGCUACAUGUCCCGCCCCACAGAGAAGACCAUCUUCAUCAUCUUCAUGCUGGUGGUGGCCUGCAUCUCCCUGCUGCUCAACGUCAUUGAGGUGUUCUACCUGAUCUGCACCAGGGUCAGAUGUGGGUCCAAGUCUCGCAAGCAAAAGAUCAAUUCAGCAGAAAACCCCGCCAGCCUGUUGACAACCAGGUGGCCGACGGUGGAGGACUCGCUCCGACAGAACAAGAAGAACAUGGAGCUGGAAACGAGCAUGAGCAUCGGCGGAAGCCUGGAUGGAGCCAAGGAGGAGAAACAGCUGCUGAGUGAUCCUUGA